AUGAGGAAACUUGUUCCUGAUAAUGCAACAUCCAAGAGUGAAAAGUUUACAAUGUGGAAUUACUUUGACAUGGGAUAUGGAAGUCUAGCAUGCAGUGUGAAAGAAAAGAAACAUGCUGAAAAAGAAGGCACAAAGAUAGCGAAGUUGGCUUCACAGAAGGCUCAGUGCGUGAUAGGUCCCAUGAUAUCUGUUGGAUGGGACUUCUAUAAGGCAGUGUACUAUGGUGGGAAUGAUACAGAGGGUGCAAUUAGGGAAGGUGGCUCUUUUUUUGGUUCAUUUGUUGGUGGCUUCUUUGGGGAACAAAGGCUUGGCAGACUUGGUUUUCUAGUGGGAAGUAGGAAGUUGGUUUGGUGGUAG